UAGUUGAAAAAGCAGGACAACAAUAUGUCGUCUGAUAAAACAGAACAGAAGAAAAAUGGAGUGUCGUUUUCAAAGCCUCCUUUUACAAUUGGCGAUAUCAAGAAGGUCAUUCCUCCUCACUGCUUUCAGCGAUCUCUUGUUCGUUCCUUCUCAUAUCUUGUUCAAGAUUUCAUCAUUGUCUCCGUAUUUUAUUAUAUUGCCACCACUUACUUCCACCCCCUUACGUCUCCGUGUUGUUACCUAGCAUGGCCUAUUUACUGGAUAGCUCAAGGUUGUGUUUUAACUGGAAUAUGGAUGAUUGGCCAUGAAUUAGGCCACCAGGCCUUCAGUGAUUACCCCUGGAUAAAUGACACUAUUGGUCUUAUCCUCCACUCUGCACUUUUAACACCAUACUUCUCAUGGAAAUAUACUCAUCGUCGUCACCACUCCAACACUAGUUCCCUUGAGUAUGAUGAAGUUUAUGUGCCAAGGCUAAAAUCCCAAGUAACAUGGCUCACCAAGUAUUUGAACAAAAAUCCACUAGGACGAGUAUUCGGACUUGCCACCACCCUCAAUCUUGGGUGGCCUUUGUACUUGACCUUCAAUGCCUCUGGCAGACCUUAUCCUCGCUUUGCAAGUCACUAUCAUCCACAUGGACCGAUUUAUUAUGAUCGCGAGAGGCUACAAAUCUAUACUUCAGAUGCAGGUGUGAUUGCAACUACUUAUGUGUUGUAUCGCAUUGCUUUGGCACAAGGGCUAACUUGGCUUGUAUGUAUCUAUGGAGUGCCCCUCCAAAUUAUGAACAUCUUCAUAGUGUUAAUCACUCUCUUGAACCAUACUCACUCUUCCGUGCCACAUUAUGAUUUAUCCGAGUGGGAUUGGCUAAGAGGAGCACUAGCUACGGUAGACAGAGACUUUGGUGUACUAAAUAAGGUGUUCCACAAUAUUACAGAUACUCACGUGUUGCAUCAUCUGUUCUCAACGAUUCCACAUUACCACGGACUCGAGGCAACCAGAGCUAUCAAGCCAUUACUAGGAGAAUACUACCAAUUUGAUAGUACCCCUUUUUAUAAGGCAUUAUGGAGGGAUUAUAAGGAGUGCAUCUAUGUAGAAAAGGAUGAAAGAUCUCAAGAUAGAGGUAUUUUUUGGUAUAAAAACGAGAUGAAUUAAAAAAUCGAUUUGGAUAACAUGAGUCACAAUAAGUAUUUUGAACUGAGGUCUCUUAAGGAUUGUUGUUUGCUAUCAUUCUAUUAUGUAUUGUUUUCAUACCGUAUUGUAUUUGUACUACAUUAUGUGAUUGAAAUACAAUGUUUUGAGUGAACGUUUGAAAAAUCAACUUGAAGUAUAUUAAGAGGCUUGCCCAAUAAUGUAGGAUCAUGAG